AUGCAGCCACGGAGAUAUGAGUUUGGCAGGGCGGAUGAAGCUACACACCCUGAUUCUAUGCGUGCCACCUUGUCUGAGUUCCUCUCUACCUUCAUUUUCGUCUUUGCUGGAGAAGGAUCUGUUCUUGCCCUUGAUAAGUUGUACCCUGAUAGAGCUUUAGGAGCGUCGAGAUUGACGGCGAUCGCACUGGCGCAUGCAUUUUCGCUCUUUGCUGCGGUAGCAUCCAGUAUGAACGUCUCUGGCGGUCAUAUUAACCCGGCUGUCACCUUUGGUGCUCUCGUGGGUGGCCGAGUUAGCGUCCUUCGUGCUGUCUACUAUUGGAUUGGUCAGUUGCUAGGUGCUGUUGUAGCCUCUGCCUUGUUGAGGCUUGCUACUGAUGGCUUGAGGCCAGUGGGAUUUGCGGUAGCACCAGGAGUUGGCAAUGGAAAUGCACUUGUAAUGGAAAUAGUGAUGACAUUUGGGUUGGUCUACACUGUUUAUGCAACAGCCAUUGAUCCAAAGAGGGGUAGUUUGGGGAUUAUAGCACCUCUGGCCAUUGCUUUCAUUGUUGGAGCUAAUGUCCUUGUUGGUGGGCCUUUUGAAGGAGCAUCCAUGAACCCAGCAAGGGCAUUUGGGCCUGCUUUAGUGGGCUGGAGGUGGAGGAACCAUUGGAUCUAUUGGUUAGGCCCAUUUAUUGGUGCAGCCAUAGCUGGAAUUAUUUAUGAGUUUGGACUCAUACAGGCUCAUGAUGAAGCUCCAGUUCAUACUCAUCAUCAGCCUUUGGCUCCAGAAGAUUACUAAA